AUGAUGGGAAGUUUUUCCUUCAAUAUGGGUGAACGUGAUCCCUCCGAUCCCUCUCAACUCAUCUACAAGUUGGAAAAUAGAAAAAUGAUUUUGAGAAAGGGAAACCCAUUGGAGAUUCCUCCACCCUACUCCAACUACUUGGUGAAUCAACAACAAGUUCCAACCACAACAACCUCUCGGGAACCUCCAACCGUUCAUGCUACGUUUGAUAUGUCCCAGAGUCCAUUUCGUCCAGGAUGUGGUUUGGAAUUUGUCACGGAUCCCCAUUCCCACUGA